CAGGAGGCGCCGCCCGAGGAGAGCGCGGAGCCGCAGGGCGGCGCGCGCUCCCGGCGCUCCGAGGCCCGCGACAUGCUCCAGAACAUCGACGAGCGGCUGGAGGCCCUGCAGGACGAGAUCGACUUCCGGGAGGCGCGCGUCGCGCAGGCGCAGGAGCAGGCGCGGCUGCAGGCCGCUGCCGCAGGCUCCCUGGAGGAGGAGCUCGUCGCCCUGCCGGCUGAGGAUGCCAGGGAGCUGCUGCGGCGCUUCUGCGAGAAGAUGGUCGGGCUGCGGCAGAGGGAGAAGGACACCUCCACGCGCCUCGCCGUGGUCAUGGCGCAGCUCAAGGAGAAGGGCUGGCAGGCCUCGGAGCUGCAGCACGGCUGCCGCCGGCAGGACGAGAGCUCGGCCAGGGCGCUGGAGGCGCAGCGCUGGGCGCACGAGGCCGAGGUGCGCGCGCUCCGGCGCGAGCUGGAGGAGGCCCGGCGCGGCGCCCCAGCCUCGGGGGACGCCAGCCCGCACACCAGGCACGGCGCUGCGGCCCGGGCCGGAAG